CACCAACCAACAUUUUCUCCCGGUCGCCUCCGCGCUCGAUAAUGAUAGGGAUCGCGCCGCAUACCCCAUCCUCAGCGCUUUCACCUUCACCGACCUGCCUUUCACGAGUUUGCAGGUAAAGCUCGCCCGCGUCCGUCCCAGCUUUCCUCCAGCCUCAGAAGGACGCAAUCGACCCAUUCUCCGGUCCCCACAACGACGGAGAUAUUAUAGUAUUUGUUUCCUUCAUUUACCUUCCGCCGGACGCCCCCCGACAACUCUUCCAGCCUGCAGACAGCCGGCGGUUUUCUAGCAUCGGUCCGUUACGCGCGAAACGAGCAAUGGUGGACUCAGAUUACGAGUACGAAGGCGACGAUGCGUCCGACGACGAAUAUAUCGGGUCCAAGAGCAGUUCUAGCACGCGGGCACAAGCGAGUGGGAAGAGAAAGACACAGGAGAGGACGAAGGAGCGCAAACAGCAGGCUUGGGCACGGAGAGGUAGCACGCCGAUCGAAGACUUUGAAUAUACAGCGCCGGACUUUGAGGAGAUAGAGGAUGAAUCGAGGUUGGAGAAAAGUGUGCAGGAGAGGGAGGAGGAGAGGAAGCGGAAGAGGCUACGCAAAGACACGAAGCCUUUUCAGCGAGGUAUCAUACGGCAUGUCGUCCUUGUCCUCGAUCUAUCAGAAUCCAUGUUAGACAAAGAUAUGCGGCCUAGUCGGUAUCACACGAUGAUUAAAUACACACAAGAAUACGUCCGCGAGUUCUUCGAACAGAAUCCCAUCUCUCAGAUGAGCGUGUUAGGCAUGCACGACGGCCUUUGUAUACGAUCUACAGAACGCGCUGGAGCUGGCGAGAGCGACGCUUUAUCAUACCCCGAGUCAUGGAACGCGAGAAGUCAUCAUUGUCUUCGGCUCCCUGCUCUCUCUCGAUCCUGGAGAUAUUCAUCAGACGAUUCGAGCCUGCGCGAUGAGAGCGAAUACGUCGUCGCAACAGACCAAGAACUGCUCCGCGAGCUUCUCCUCGCGACUACGACGCCACCGGUUGUUCGCGCAACCAAAUCGGCAGCGACUGCGCCUCCUGAAUCAGCGGCAGCGCUUAUGAUGAUGGGCUUCCCGUCGCGCGUGGUUGAAGAUACGCCGACAAUGUGCGCUUGUCACGGUAUCCUAACAACAGGAGGCUACACAUGCUCGAGAUGCAACGCCAAAGUAUGCAGUCUCCCAGUCACCUGUCCCAGCUGCCAACUCACCCUCCUUCUAUCCACGCAUCUCGCCCGAAGCUACCACCAUCUCUUUCCCCUCCGCAAUUGGGCCGAAGUAAGCUGGAAGCGCGCACGAGAGAAGGGCAGCAAAGAAUGUGUUGGCUGUCUUACUGCCUUCCCUGAACCACCUUCUCUUGAAGAACUAGACGGCCAGGGGGGGCGGGGAGGCAGGACGAACGGGGAGAAGGUCGAUGGAGCGGUAGGCCAGCGGCAAAUAAAUCAAGGUGAAGACGAGGAGCAAAAGGCAAGUGAGAGUGCGCGGUAUGAAUGUAGAGUGUGCGAGAGCCACUUCUGUAUCGACUGCGAUAUGUUCUGUCAUAUAGUGCUGCAUAAUUGCCCCGGCUGCUUGAGCCAGCUCAACCCGGCCCCGGAUGUUCAGGGCAACGGAGAUUUUCGGUCGGCGAGGUUUUCCAGUGCUACGCGGUUAAGGAUGGCGGCUUUUGAGCGAUUAAUCCGCUUCCAGGCGGAGGACGGGAGGACUUACUUUGGAGACCUGGGGAAGGAGACUCCGACGAGGGAGAUGGAGGGGAGGAAAGUUGCGGUGCUAGAGGGAGAUAUCGAGAGCGGGUUCAAGAAAACAGGGUCUGAAGCUACCGUCUCGAAACUCCUCUGCCCCCUACCCCGAACCAACAUCGUCAUGUGCGUAGGCCUCAACUACCGCCAACACGCCGAAGAAUGCAACCUCCAGAUCCCCAGCAACCCCACUAUCUUCACCAAGCCCCCGGACGCCCUCGCCGGCCCCCUCGACGCCAUCCCCAUCCACAAAGACUGCCAAUCGCAACUCGACUACGAAGGUGAGUUCACCGUCAUCAUCGGCCGCGACUGCAAGAACGCCACCGUCGACAACGCGCUCUCCUACGUGCUGGGCUACACCGUCGGCAACGACGUCUCAGCACGGAACUUCCAAAUCCCUGCGAGCGUCAGCGGCGGCCAGUUCGGCUACGCGAAGAGCUUCGACAAGUUUGCGCCAAUUGGGCCGUGCAUUGUGGCGAAGGAGGUGCUGGGCGAUCCGCAGAAGCUGCGGUAUUGGACCAAGGUGAAUGGCGUGAAGAGGCAGGAGACGGGGACGGAUGAUAUGAUUUUUACAGUCGCGCAGAUCGUGGCGCAUUUGAGCCGGGGGACGACGCUGAGGGCGGGCACGGCGAUUAUGACGGGGACGCCGAGUGGGGUGGGGCUGUUUAUGGAGCCUAAGGGUUUCGUGGGGGAUGGUGACGAAGUGGAGAUAUAUGUUGAGGGGAUUGGGAGCUUGAUUAACAAGAUGAAGUUUGAGUAGGGCAGCGCUGGUGCUGGAUAGCUUGGGGGUUCAGACGACCUUGGUACGUAAAGUCAAGGCAAUAAUCCCACCGCUCUUGAAACAUAAACCCCCCCGCAGAAUUCCACUCCCAGAUACCGUAGGGAGUAGUCUACGCCAAGCACUCAUUACUUCCCACUCAUGGAGUCAUAUCUAGGUAUGAAUAG